AUGGCAUAAUGAUAAAAUUAAAGCUCAGCAUCAUAAAAUACUCACAGACCUUCUCACUGUAGGGUUUCUCAUCUUCCAUUGCUUCCCUACUUAUAUCUCCCCCAUCGUAUUUAAUACGACAUCGUUUCUAAAAUCAUCAAUCAAUCAUCUUCACUGGAACAAUGAGUCGCCACCCAGAAGUUCUUUGGGCUCAGAGAUCUAACAAAGUGUAUCUAACAAUUGCAUUACCUGAUGCUAAAAAUGUAUCCGUUAAAUGUGAGGCAGACGGUUUAUUCAGUUUCUCUGCAGUUGGGAUUCAUGGAGAAUCUUUUGAUUUCACUUUGCAACUCUACGGACCUGUUAAUUCUGAGAAAUGUAGAAGUAGAAUUGGGUUGAGAAAUAUAAUAUGUUCUGUUCGGAAGCAAGAUAAAGGUUGGUGGAAAAGAUUGCUGAAGACUGAAGAAAAACCGGCUCCUUAUAUUAAGGUUGAUUGGAAUAAAUGGUGUGAUGAGGAUGAUGAAGAGUCUGAUGCUGAUUUUGCUUCAGAGGAUGACAAUGAUGAGUACGAUGAAGACGAUGAAAGCAGUGAUGAUGAUGGAAUGCUUUAUCUUCCUGAUCUAGAGAAGGCCAGGUGAAAUUGAUGAAGACUACCAAGGAAUAACAUAAAAAUGCCGUCGUUGCAUGUCGUUGCAUAAAUUUAGGCCGCUUUAGAUUAACAUUUUCCAGAUAUUGCAAUAACUUAAUGUUGUAUAUAUUGGCGUUUCAGCCCUUGCUUCGGUGCUGAUAUUAUGAAACUGAUGUUAUGGAAGAUUGUAUGACAUUUUACCAACAGCAAAAAACCAUUAAUAGCUGUCUCUCUUAA